AGUUGAGCAGACGACAUGGUCGUAAGAUGGAAGUGAGCGAGGAUAUUGGAAGAUUUAAAAAACGUCUCGUAAGGACGAAAACAAUACAGAGUCAGACAGAGGAUGCUGACGCAGCUCAUGGGGACGGCGGACUGAACCGGGUUCUAACUACGCUCGACCUAAUUUCAUUGGGAGUUGGUAGUUGUUGCGGUACCGGUGUCUAUAUAGUUGCUGGUCUUGUUGCGAGGAAUGUUGCGGGACCUGCUGUUCUUUUCUCAUUUAUCAUCGCGGCUUUUGCGUCAAUCCUUUCGGGUAAGUGUUGA